CAGAGAAGGAGUCGCGAGCCAGCACUGAUGAAGAGCAACUACUUAACAGCGUCGCUACCACGAAACAGUUGAAUCCUAUAUAUUAUUGUUCACAAAGAUUUGCUCUUAGAGUCGUGACAUGGCGACUGCUGCAGUAUCGAUGUGGGAUGAGCACCAGGCGUAUGAGGAGCUACUGUACUGGGACAGUCUGAUACAACAGGGCCAUCGGCUACUACCGCAUGAUUUUGAUAGAUAUGAGGACCUGCGUUACUGGUAUGACUGCCUGUGCUAUGAGGAGGAGCUGAGACAGUACCAUGACUACAUGGCAGCUGUUGAGGAGGUUGAGGAUGCACAGCAUCAUGAGGAAGCUGCUAUACCGAAGGCACGCAUAGGGCCAUAUGAUCGGCAUGUCAUGGCCAAACACUCUGAGGUGUAUCCGUCACCAGAGGAGCUGGAAGCAGUACAGACGAUCAUCUCCCAUGUGGAGUGUGCUCUGAAGGCGGUUUCUGACCAGAUGGAUCCUGUGGAAGGAGUUGGAGAAAAUAAAAAGAAAACUAGCAAAACUGGUGAUAUACAAGAGCGUGUCCUACGUGGGGUCAUGAGGGUUGGUCUUGUAGCCAAAGGACUUCUACUAAAGGGAGACAUGAACCUGGAGCUUGUGCUGCUUUGCUCAAGCAAGCCAACGAUCACUCUUCUUAAACAAGUGGCUGAAAAGUUAUCUGCACAAUUAGAGAAACUUUCAGCAGGGACAUACACAGUAAGCCAGUGUCCUGAAGAGGCUGCUGUUGUUGUGUCGAGCAGCAAGGAGUCCAUCCUGACUCUCACUAUCCACCUGACAUCGCCUCUUGUUAGGAAAGACCAAGAGAGUUCUGAGGCAGAAAAAGAAGAAACGCGAACAGUCAACGAUCCGCCUGACGUUCUGGACAGGCAGAAAUGCCUAACUGCCUUGGCGUCUCUCCGCCACGCAAAGUGGUUCCAGGCUAAAGUCAACAACCUGACAUCUGCUGUUAUUGUGAUCCGGAUCAUGAGAGACUUGUGUAACCGUGUUCCUACUUGGACACCAAUCUCUGGAUGGCCUCUUGAACUCCUGGUAGAGAAGGCCAUUGGUACAUCUGAAAGACCAAUGGGUGUUGGAGAGUCCUUGCGCAGGGUUUUGGAGUGUAUUGCAUCUGGAAUUCUACUAGCAGAUGGCCCUGGAAUUAAAGAUCCAUGUGAGAAGGAAGGAGUCAAUGCUGCUGCUUGUCUGACUGUACAGCAAUGUGAAGACAUCACCCAGAGUGCUCAGUUUGCCUUGAGACUGUGCGCAUUUGGACAGAUGCACAAGGUUUUGGGAAUGGACUACAAACCUAUAAAGCCACGGAGAUCAGCAGGCUUCAGCAGGAAAGAUUUCACAGACCAGUUACCACCUGCUGGACAGUUCAGCCUUCCGAUGAAGCGACCUUACUCAGAGGUGGAAAAAGAAGAGAAUGAGCCUCAUUUAAACAGCAAACAGAGGAAAUCUCUUAAGUUCCAGAAGCGCUUUCAGAGAAAAUCAUUUUCUGAUGACUUUAACAUGAAUGCCGUGAUGCGUCUGAACCAGUACAGACCUGGCCUGGAGUAUCGACUUACAUCUCAGACCGGUCCAGUCCACGAGCCAGUUUUCACAAUGGCUGUGGACUUGAAUGGGAAAACCUAUGAGUCAACAGGGCCUUCCAAACGAGCUGCCAAGCUUAAUGUAGCCACAAAGGUCCUGCGGGAUCUUGGUCUUCCAACAGGCACAGACACUAAAUCAGAGCCCAGUGGCAACUUUGAAGCAACUCAGGAACCAGAUAAAAUGUCCUCCACAGUCUCUGCUACAUCAGAAGACAGUGGGCAGGGUCCGAUCUUGACCAAAAAUGGCAAAAACCCUGUGAUGGAGCUGAAUGAGAAGCGCCGCAGUCUGAAGUAUGAGCUGUCUGCAGAGACGGGAGGAUCUCAUGAGAAAUGUUUUGUCAUGGAGGUGGAGGUUGAUGGACAGAAGUUCAAAGGGAGAGGCUCUAAUAAGAAAGAGGCAAAGGCUUACGCUGCUUUGGCUGCUUUGGAGAAGCUUUUCCCUGAGGAAGAUGGAGGGUCAAACCCCAACAGAAACCCUCAAAAGAAGAAGGUCACCUACACCGACAUGCACAUUCCAGGCUUCGGGACUAUCCGUGGUAUUCCAUCAGACUCUGGGUCCCGUGGCUGGGGUCCCAACAGAGGUCGAGGAAGGGGCCGAGGCAAACCAUUUCCUCCAGGACCCAGCUAUAACAAGACCAACUACAGUUAUGAGAGCAACACUGGCACAGGCUAUCAUAAACUGUAUGGUAAUAAUGCAGCCAAAGGCGGUGGCUCAGAAGGAUCAGGCUAUGGUACCUUUUACCCUGAGAGCAGUAUGUACUCCUGCGCACCUGUCUCCAACUCAGACUCCAAUGCCUCGAAGGGACAAAGCUAUCAGUCAAUGCCCCCUCCCGCUGACCAGGAGAGCCCCUACAGCUAUGGGUAUGGAGAUGAAAAAAAGAAGAUGCUAACCCAAGGCCAGAAUGAAGGACAAGGAGCAAACUACUGUAUGUACAGCACAGCUUACCCUAGCUCAGUGACUGGUGGCCAAGUGUACAAUAACUACGGCUGGGGAAACCAGUCAUCCUGGGGAAAGGGUCAAGGUAUGGACCAGGGCUAUGGAGGACAAAACGAGGGCUUAUACUCGGGAUAUGGCAACAUGCAUUAUUAAUCAGCACAUUUACUAUUUCUCACCCUAACUAUGCCAUUUUUUAACCUGGACUUAGUUCACCCUUGGUUUUAACCUGGGGUUUACCACCUCCUGAAUGACAUAAGAAAACCCACUUGUACUGUCUAUAAAACUGGAAAUGUGUUAUUUUUGGUUUUGUUUUCACCUUAAUAGUUGAAACAAAUGAAGGUGAUGGAUUUAGGCUUAUCAUUUCAUUGAAGUCUGCCAUUUUUUCUUUUACUUGCAGUAUCCAUCAAGUUGUUCAUGUAAACAUGGAUGUUAAAAAGAGAAAAAAAAAACUGUUGUUACAUCCUGUUGCCGGUGGUUGUUUCUUUUUAAUGUAGUGUACUGGUUCUGAAAUAGUAUGUUUAGUUUUUUGUUGUUUUUUUAAAUCUGCUUUUAGAUUUGAGCCUGAGAUUUAUUAACUGUUACAAUCAAUUCAUGAAUCUUUCUUGUUAAAUAAAAUACUACUGAAUGUUUCA